ACCGUCAGCUCUUUCUCUCUUCAGUGACUAAACCAGCACACAGUACCUGUUCCAGUGCAAGGCCAGUCUGAGCAGCAGUGCUCCUGCUGUGGGCUGCAGGGAGCACAUCCACCAGGCUCAGCAUCUCCUGAGCUGCCCAAGGACACAUUCAGAGCUCAACACUGACACCAGGUGUCUCUUUCCCUCCAGGAGCUGGCAAGAGGCAGGGGAUGUGUGGGAUCUCAGGACAGUUGGGAUGGUCCAUAGAAAGUCCCAAGUGGAUAGUCCAGCAUGACUUCUUAGAACAUGAGAAUCCAUACCACCUGCUGUUUCUGCUCCAGUGCCUUCUACUGCUCCAGCCAUGGGUCAGUCCUCCUCUUCCUCUUCCACACCCUCUCCUAUAGAGGGUGGUGAUUUGAUCUCCAGCUUUGACAAGUUUUUUAAGGACUUCAAACUAGAAAGUGAAAUGCUCUCUCAGGAAGCCAUCACAUUGAUUCAGUCACACCUGGAGAAGGGGGACCUUCAGAGAGCAGUUUCUGCAAUUAAUGAUGCACUGAGAGACAUUGACAAUGCCCCUCUGAACAUUGCUGUGAUUGGGGAGUCUGGGGCAGGGAAGUCCAGCUUCAUCAAUGCCCUGCUGGGAGUCAAGCAAGAUGAUGAAAACGCUGCCCACACAGGGCCAGUGGAGAUAACCUUGGAGAGAGCCAAAUACGAAUACAAAAAAUUUCCCAAUGUGAUGUUAUGGGACCUGCCUGGCCUGGAAACCACUCUACUUCCACGGCAUGAGUAUUUACAGAAAAUGAAAUUUGGGCAGUAUGAUAUCUUUAUUAUCGUCUCUGCUGUACGCCUCAAAAUGAAUGAUUUGGAUCUGGCUGUAGCAAUUAGGAAAAUGAAGAAGCAUUUCUAUUUUGUCCGAACUAAAGUGGACCUUGAUUUAAAUAAUCUAAGAACCUGUAAACCCAGCACAUUCAAUAGGGAUGAAAUCCUGCAAAGGAUCCGCAAUGACUACGUGACUCAUUUGGAGAAUGUUAAUAUGGGUGACACUCAGAUCUUCUUAGUCUCCAGCCUUGAAUUGUCUGACUAUGAUUUCCAACACCUAGAGACCACGCUUCUGAGGGAGCUCCCAACCCACAAGCACCAAAAGCAGCAUAUCUUCAUGCAAUACUUGUCAACUGUUGCUGAGGCUGCCAUUGACCAGAGGAGGGAUUCCCUGAGACAGAAGGUCUGGUUGGACGCCCUGAAGGCUAGAGUUUUGGCGACCAUACCUUUCAUGAGUUCGAUCAUUGAUAUUGAUGUGGUGAAGCUGGAAGAAACUUUAAGCUUCUACAGGUCUCACUUUGGGCUGGAUGAUGCAUCCCUAGAAAUCAUAGCCAAGCACUUGAACGUGUCAAUAGGGAAACUCAAGACGAACCUCAGGUCUCCCCAUUUGCUAUCAGUUGAGAAGGAUGAGGAGGCAUUAGAGAAAAAAUUGUUGACAUAUGUGGAAAAAUCCAGAGCAGAAUUUAGUGGAGGACUCAUUGCCACUACUAUGUAUGUUCAGAAUAUUUUCUAUUUGAAAAUUUAUUUCCUUGAGUGUGUGGCAAAUGAUGCUAAAGUUCUUCUUAGAGAAGAGAAUUUUAAGGAUGUUGUGGGCUCUGGACAAGCCUCUCUACUUCAGCAUGUCAGGAAUGAUAAUGGGAAAAGUGAAGCAACCAGUUGCUGAUUCUUCUCAGUGUUGUCGUGGUGGCUGGUGCCUGGAACAUUGACUUCAGGCUCCGUUGAAGCAGUCCUGUCCCACUGCCCUCAAGGUGUAUCACAGACAUUUCCAUAAUAUACUCUUGAACAAACUA